CACUGUAGGAGGUAACAAAGAACUACUCUGCCUUAUAUAGCCGGGAAAUGUUUUACGCUGUAGUUUCAUUUUGAUGUUCCAGAAAUGUAUAUUCCAUGUCAUUUGCACUUUUUUUUAUAUCAUUCUUUACAAUAUACCAGAGUUCCACCACUGUACGCCUUACAUCGAUAUUCCUGGAUAAUCGGAAACUGAUCUAAAGAAAGCAGAGAAAAUAAUACAAAAUUCUGAAGCAGGAAAUACAGGUGAAGGUGUCUGUGGGAAAACACAGUUUGCCAGGACUGAAUUUGUAAAUUAAUUUACAUCACUCUCAUCAGCUGCUUUAAAACUAGAACAAAGAUGUCCAUGGAACUAAGUUCAGAUAUUAAAACAGAAGAUGACAUUUACUGCUCAUGCCUUGCAAAGGCUUUGUACUAUGUUGACACUUCAACAACAGUGGGCCUCUAUGCACCCUGGGGGAGUCGAAUAAAUGUACUUUUAAAGAAAGUAGAGAAACAUAUAACAGUAAAAGCUGAAAGAAAGGAAGAAGAGGCAAACAAGGAAAGCACAAAUAAGACACGGAGAGCCACUGGCAAAAACCUGCUCCUACUUUUGCUGUAUAUGGUUUUCUACAGACCCCUCCUCACAGAUACACAGAGUCAAAGACAAAAUGCUCGAUUUAUCUUCAUACCAUUCAGUGCCUGGCAGUAUGCAGGCAGUGAUAUUCUCUGGGCUGGGUUAAUUACCACAAUAUUUGAUGCCAUAAAUCAUGAUUUUGGUGCCCUUCCAAUAAGUCUUUACAGGGCAAUUCUUACAAAGUGCAAAUUAACAAAGACAAAAGAGAACAAGGAAUGGGUCACCAAAAAGUUGUGCUGCCUACCAUAUUGGUUUAUUGCACUUUUUCUGUUAUUGCUAUCAAUUAGUCUUGGGAUUCUCAUUGCAGUAUUUGGAUUUCCAACUGGUGAAAUACAUGAAAAUGCCAUAACUGCAGUUGAAAGUACUGGUGUUGCAUUAAUUGGAAUAUCUUCUAUACAAAUCCUAAGAAAUGUUGUAGCAAUUGGAAAGAAUUUAAUUAUCAGUCAAAGAGGUAAACUAGAACAAAUGAUGAAUAAAACAAGUAUUAGUAGCAAGUUAGGCUUUAUGCAUGAUGUAAAAAAUGAAGUAAAAGUCAUAACUAAUUUUAUUCACUAUAUGGAGAUAUUUGAAAGGACUAAGAUACGGGUUGUACUGCAAAUCACUAACUUGGAUAAAUGUGCCCCACAUAAGAUAGGUGAAGUUUUAGAUGCUCUAAAUAUUUUGCUGUCAGACAGAGAUGCCCCAUUUAUAUCUAUCCUAGCUGUUGAUCCAGGUAUCAUAGCUGAUUGUGUAGAAAGAUCACAGUAUCUGGCAGGAAUGGCAGAUAAUGGAUAUGCUUUUUUAAAUCGAACUGUAACCUUACCAUUUUCAAUGCCACAAAUGGAUGAUAAAACUAAGAUUCACUUUCUUGAAAAGAUAGUACAAAAUAAGGACUUCUUAAUAGAUGAGGAUGAAUAUGAUGAAAAAGAGGAUAAAAAUUGCCACACUAGUGAGGUCAUAUAUAACAAAAUAAAUGGCACUGUCAGUAUUAAUGAUGAAGAACCCCAAAGAUCUUUGCUAGACAACCAUGCAGAAAAAAUACAAGAAUAUAAAAGCACUGAUCAUUGUGAGACAGUAAUAAGACAAGGAUGUAAGUGUCUGUAUACAACGAAUAUACACAAAUGCAUUGCUGAUAAUGUUGUUCAGAUGAAAAGAAUAACAAAUUCUGUAAUUAUAACACUUAACCUCAUUCUGGCGAAAAAGAAAAGUGCUAAAAUCGAACCAGAGAAGGUGGCAGCUUGGGUUGUUCUGGUGAAUCAGUGGCCGUGUCGUUUAAGUUGGAUCUUACAGUAUAUUGAAGAUGAACAACAGAAGCUGGAGCUUACAAAUGAAACAAGGGAAAAGAAGGAUGAAUAUAAAAGAGAGUCAUUACUGAGCAUUUUUGAAAAGUCCUUGGAUGAACUAGAAGUCAUAAAAUCUGAUAUAGAACGACUCUUAGAACUAGAUUAUGAUCCAGAGAUCUUCCAGACAUUUCUAAGUAAAGACUUUCCAUUCACUGUACAAGAAGCUAACUGGUAUUUUAAAUUUACCAUAAAUCUUGAUCAUUCCCUGAAGAGGCAUAUGGAGCUACUUCGUGGUAGCAACAAUAUAAAAUAUUCAAGAACAUCCACAAAGCCAGCACCAAUUCCAUUGCGAGAAAUUAUUAACAUGACAGCUGAAGAUGUGUGCAGGAAGAUGGCUAAGCUCCCAUACAGAAAAGAGCAUCUUGAGAAAUAUCAGGCAAAGAUAAGACAGCAUAACUUACAUGGUCAGGCCUUGGUGUAUACCCAUAACAGUGAUAUAAAAGCAGCUCUUGAAAUGACUCUGGGAGACUGGACCACAUUCAGAAUACAUUUCCCAGCAGUAGAAGCCCUUCCUAGGAUCUCUGAAAAUGUUACAAAACAUGCAAGAAAAGUACAUGCCUUAGGCUACCAAGACUCACAAGAGAAAUUGUUGAAGGGAAGCAGUUAUGUUUCCAUGGAUAAUCUUCAAGACCAAAACAGAAAUGUGCACCUUAGCAACAUGCAUGUAAACAAGUAGUAAUCUUCAUUGUACUUCCUCGUUAUAUUUAAAGAAAUAAAACAAAACAUAAAAUAUUCAUAUGUAUUUUAAAGUAGUUAAUUAGAAAUGAAGUAAUUAUCAAAAACAAUAAACAUUAUAAACAUUCUGUUUGUUGUAAGUAAUUCUACAAUCUGUGUAUCUAUGUGACACUUGUUGAGGAUGGAGUUCAAUUAGAUUUCAAUGUCAUUCCUAAAAUGCUGCCAAGGUGCAGAGAUUUCAUUUAGUGGCAAUAAAAGGUGGUACAAUUUAUUUCAGAAUGCUGUUAAUUUUCAUAAAAGAAGUGCUAUCCUAUCUGCUUACACACAAAUGCAUUAGUAUCUGAACAUUGAUACUUACUAAUUAAUCACUGACUGGCUAAUAUAUGUAAUGUUUUGGUCAUUUUCUGCUCACUAAAGCAUGUGUUGUCCAUUUAUUUCCUCAAAAUUAUUAAAACACAUUUGUAGUCCUUUCCAAA